AUGGACUCUUCCUCCAGUUAUCACGACAUCUGGGAUAGCCCAUCUUCAACAUCUUUACCAAGUAGAAAAAGGGAUCUUCGAGCAGCCGAUGGCUUGACAGUCGAUGGGCAGAAUAAGUCUAGACGCACGACUCCUAUUCCCGGAGUCAAACAUUCCUCCACCCCUUCGAGGCAAGCCAUGGAGUAUAACGACACCGAACCUAUUGAUAUCAUUGAUCUCACUGGUGACGAUGUCGACUUCGAUUCCACCAUGGUCGCCGAACAAAUCCGACAGCAGCAGCGGCAAGAACGGGAGAACCGAGAUAGGAAAAUGGCGAUGCAACUUGCUAGUCAAUCCCCCGUGGUACCGUCGACGUCCUCGGACAUGGCUUCCGACGAGAUGGACGCUUUUUCGAGGAUCAUGGCCACGGAGCGAGCCAACACAAGAGGACCAACAGGAUGGAACUGGCAGUCUUUGCCGGCAUCUAGUACUCAAACACCAAUGCCACCCGCAACUAUAAAGGGAGCCUCAACGGCAGGGCCGUAUGAUCUGAGCUGGGACAAUCCAAGCCCAUGGGAUAGAUCUCCUGUUCCAAUCCCGGCCUCGUUACCUAGUAAUGGAUUCCAAGUUGCGGGCAUAAACUCACCUAGUGGAAAUCGCCAGAGCCCCUCAGGGUUCAAUGCUCAGUUAAAUUCCCCAUAUUCUACCAUGAGACACCAGCUUUCGAAUCAGGCUAUUAGGAAUGCCUUCCAGCCUCUCUCAUCAUCGAGAGUUAUUCCAUUCAAUGGGGUUUCAUGGCUCCCGGGAAAGAAUGGCUCUAGUAUUGCAAACAUCAUCGAACAAACCAGCACGUUUGAUUUCGCAAACGGGCUUGAUACAUUUGGUAAUCCACUGCCUAGUCGUCUGACAAAUGUACUCCUAGGCGAUGCUAAUGACUCGCCUGUGACGGGAAAGGAGUUGGAUGACUUAUUGGCGAAUAUUCGCCCCGACAUAGAUAUUCCAGAGCAUAAUCGCGGGGUUGGUCCGCCUGGGCUUAAGUUUGCCCUCUACCGCCACCAAGAAGUCGCUCUUACCUGGAUGAAACAAAUGGAAGAAGGCACCAAUAAGGGUGGUAUCUUGGCCGACGACAUGGGACUAGGCAAGACAAUUUCCACGCUAUCGCUCAUGCUUUCCAACAAGUCCAGUUCUCGUCCAAAGACAAACUUAAUUAUUGGCCCUCUUUCGUUGAUUCGACAAUGGGAAGAGGAAUUGCAAAAGAAGACCAAGCUUGCGCAUAGAUUUUCGGUGUUUGUGUAUCACGGCAAAAAAGCGACGACUGAUGAGCUCCUAAAGUAUGACGUUGUGCUUACCACCUAUGGCACUUUGGCACAGGAACUGAAGCGCCGCGAGAAAUUCAUUGAAGAAAACAAAGACAGGAAUAUUGACUUUAAUGAUAAAUCUUGUAUGGCCAAGUUUCCGCUGCUACACCCGGAGAAAGCAGUCUUCCAUCGCGUCAUCCUGGACGAAGCGCAAUGUAUCAAAAACAGGAAUACCCAAACAGCAAAGGCUUGUCAUAGCUUAAGAGCGACUUAUAGGUGGUGUUUGACUGGCACCCCGAUGAUGAAUGGCAUUCUCGAGCUUUAUUCCCUCUUGAAAUUCCUGCGUAUAAAGCCGUAUAAUACCUGGGAGAGCUUCCGCCAGACAUUUGGAACCUUAUUCGGCCAGAGAGGCGACCCUAAGAGCAUUGCCAUGAACAAGCUUCGAGCACUGCUCAAAGCAAUAAUGCUUCGCCGAAAGAAGGACUCCAAGCUAGACGGCAAGCCAAUCUUGCAACUUCCUAUGAAGAGGGAGCAUGCUGUAUAUGCGGAGCUAUCCGCGGACGAGCGAGACUUUUACAAACAACUGGAGGAGAAGGCCCAAGUGGUUUUCAGCAAGUACCUUCGAGAGGGGAGUGUUGGAAAGAAUUAUUCCAACAUCCUCGUGUUGCUUCUUCGACUUCGGCAAGCAUGCUGUCAUCCUCAUCUCAAUUUGGACGUCGACGAUGCAGUCAAUCCCGUCAGCAGUGCUGAUGUGGAGGAACUUGUCAAGCAGCUGGAUGCAUCCAUUGUAGAGAGAAUCAAGGGUGUCGAAGCGUUUGAAUGCCCGAUAUGUUAUGAUGCAGUACAAUCGCCAUCAUUUUUCAUACCCUGCGGCCAUGACAGUUGCAACGAUUGUCUGUCUCGCAUCGUAGACAAUGCCAUCUCGCAGAACCUCCAUGAAGGCAACGAGAGUGACAAGGCUAAGUGCCCUGUCUGUCGAGGUGUGUUCGAGCCAAGAAAAUGCUUCACCUAUGAUUUAUUCAAGAAAAUCCAUAUGCCGGACGCUCUGGAAUCGUCGACGAAAAUCGAACCAGGGUACGAUGACUCUGGCGAGGACGAGGAAGACGGUUCAGAACAGGGGAAUUCGUCGGAUGAACUUGACAGCAAAGGGAAUCUAAAAGGAUUUAUUGUCUAUGACGACGACGACGACGAGCUUGCCGACAUCAAACACCUGACAAAGGAGGGCUCCGCCCGUGACACGAAGGCGCGUAAACGGACCAAGAAGACUAAGAAAAAAGACAAAGGGAAGGGCAAAGCCAAGGAGAAGAAGGCAGACGUGAAGCCAUCCAUGCUCAAGAGCCUUCGUCUAGAGGCAGCCAAGAACCACCAAGCAUAUAAGCGAUAUAUGGCAUACCUACGCAAGACGUGGAUGCCAGCAGCCAAAGUCACGGAAUGCAUGAAGCUGCUCAGGGAAAUCCGAGAAACCGGCGAAAAGACCAUCAUCUUUUCCCAGUGGACGCUGCUUCUAGAUCUCCUAGAAGUAGCCAUGUGGCACGAGCAAUUCCCAGACAAGCCCGUUCGGUACGACGGCAGCAUGACCGGGGACGAACGCAGCAACGCAGCCAAGGACUUUAGAGACCGGUCCGAGUGCAACGUCAUGCUCGUGUCCCUCCGCGCUGGCAACGCAGGCCUAAACCUCACGGCCGCGAGUCGCGUCAUCAUCAUGGAUCCCUUUUGGAACCCGUACAUUGAAAUGCAGGCCAUCGACCGGACCUACCGCAUAGGACAGCAGAAGGAAGUAGAGGUGUAUCGGAUCCUGACGCAGGAGACGGUAGAAGACCGCAUCGUGGCGCUCCAGAACAAGAAGAAGGAGAUUGUGGAGGCGGCGCUCGACGAGACGGAGAGCAUGAAGAUUGGUCGGCUGGGCGUUAGUGAGCUUAAAUUCUUGUUUAAUGCGCGCUGA